CUUCCUUAAGAACGCAAGCAGAGUUAAAAUCACUGCAAAGCCAUUCUGCUCAGUGGAGCCGCAGGGCGAGCAGCGCUGCCGCGGCCGGGCUAGCCACCUCCGGGUCCAUGAGCCGCCGCCAGCCGCCGCCGCCAGCCGAGACCGCCGCCGCCGGGCCCAGCUCCCCCAGCCCCGCCGCUUCCGCCGCCGCUCCGCCGCCCCGCCGGAGGACGGUCCCGCGCCCUCCGCUGUGAAGAGCAUGGCCGUGACUCUGGAGCAGGCCCAGAGGGUGGGCUAUACCUGCCUGAAAGCACUCCUCAGGUUCGCCUUUAUGGUCGCCAAUAACCUGGUUGCUAUUCCGUCCUACGUCUUGUAUUUAAUUGUGCUGCAGCCUCUCCGAAUAUUGGACAGCAAAAGCUUCUGGUAUAUCGAAGGAGUGUUGUUUAAAUGGCUUUUAGCUAUGGUGGCUUCCUGGGGCUGGUGGGCAGGAUACACAGUAGUGGAAUGGGGUGAUGAUGUUAAAGCAGUGUCAGAAGAUGAAGCCAUGGUGCUGGUGAACCACCAAGCGACGGGUGACGUCUGCACUCUGAUGAUGUGCCUUCAGGAUAAAGGCACGGUUGUCCGUCAGAUGAUGUGGCUGAUGGACCAUAUUUUUAAGUAUACAAACUUUGGCAUUGUGUCUCUAAUCCAUGGAGACUUCUUUAUAAGACAGGGGAGAACACACCGUGACCAGCAGCUUGUGUUGCUCAAAGAUCAUCUAGAAAAAUAUUACAGGAGCCGCAAUCGGAAAUGGAUUGUUUUAUUUCCAGAGGGUGGCUUUCUUAGGAAAAGAAGAGAAACAAGCCAGGCAUUUGCCAAGAAAAAUAAUUUGCCAUUUCUUAAGCAUGUCACCCUGCCAAGACUUGGGGCAACACAAGUAAUUCUGAAAACGCUUGUAGCACCACAAGAAAAUGGAGCUCCAUCAGGUGGAGAUGCUGUGAGAAAAGAAAGCAAAUCCAAAGGCCUCCAGUGGGUGAUAGAUACAACUAUUGCAUAUCCCAAAGCUGAACCUAUAGACAUCCAAACCUGGAUUCUUGGCUACCGGCAACCAACAGUGACACAUGUACAUUACAGGAUUUUUCCAGUGAAAGAUGUACCUGCAGAGCCUGAAGCUCUCACAAACUGGCUGUAUCAACGAUUCAUUGAAAAGGAGGACCUCUUGACACAUUUCUACGAAACAGGAGCUUUUCCACCACCCCAGGGUCAGACAAAAGCGAUUUCUCGGGAGAUGACCCUCAGUAACCUGUGGCUGGUUGCCAUACAAUCAUUUGCAUUUUUGUCAGGAGGGAUGUGGUACUGCCUCUUUCAGUAUUUGUACCAUUGCCUAUUUUAGAAGUGGAAUGGGACCUGAGGACACAAUGGGAAUCCAGGCUCUUGCAAAUGAGUAUCAUGGUGUAUGUGCAAAUGUGAAUAUUCAAGAGUAAAGGAAAAUACUGGAUGGACUUUUACCUCUCUUUGGGGGAAUUUUAAACUCCACUAAAAGUGAAGAUCAGUACAUAGUGACCUGAUGAUGUAUUAUUUUAAGAAUUGUCUGUAUUUUUAAAAAUGUAUACUCUCACCCACACUUAAGCAAAUUCAGCAUUUGGACAAAAGGUGCAAUUGUACAACCACCGUAGAAGAAUGUCUGUGACAAGAAAGCUUUGUCACCACAAGUAUUUCUUGGCAUUGUAGUUAGAGCUCAGAAAAUUCAGCAACUUGUCUCUUCAGUAGUGUGUACAGCAUUGGUGUGGUAGAGAUUCCUCAUUUGCACAACGUGUACUUUAUUGCAGCUCAUUGUGCUGGAGUCAGAGAUCCUCAACAGAGCUGGUGGAGGUGUCUUUGUGGCUACGCAGUCAGCAGUUGUUGUAGCAGACACAUUGAUCUGAACCCAACACCCAAAUAAGAUCGGGUGUCAGGUCUGUCCUCUGAGGCACUGGUCCUCAAACAAGCAUUGCAGCAUCACAGUGUGAUUAAAAGCUGUCCACAUGGGAUGAAUCAGCCCAUCCCUGCUGUGGUCUUGCCAUCAGCUCUCCAAGUUCCAUGUGCUACCAGUGUCUUGUGUUAUAGGGAAACUUGGAAAAUACAAAGUCACUUGGUUAAAUUCCCUUUUUGUUCAGAAUGCAGCUAAACCCUCAUCAUCAGUUUUGAAAAUGCACUUUCAAAGGUGAAAAAUCAGUGAAGGAAAGACAUAAAACCUAGGGAACAGAGGGAAGCUUUGUUUGUCACACAUUGGAAGGCAGAGCAAUUCUAGCUGUUUCUGAAGGUCUGCUGGUGCUGCUGGUGAUUUUUAGCCACCUUUGUAUUUUGUAUACUGCAGUCCAUCCAAGGUGACCUUGGAGUGGUUUAUAGAGGCCUUUUUCUCCCCGCUAGUUGCAACAGUGCUAAAUAUACUUGUGGGAGAGUUUAAAUAAUUAAAUGCCAACCAUCUUAAUGUUUUGCUAAGGAGUAAUAGAAGAAAAACUAGUUUCGUAAAAAGAAAAAAUAGGUAUAAUUGCUAUCAUAAAUCUGUAGGAAGAUACUACUGAAAAAAUAAGUAUGGUAAAUAUUCUGAAUAACUACAUGGAGGGCAGUAUUAAUUAGCUCACCACUAAAAUCUUACUGCUAAAGUCUUACUGGAAUAAGGAUGGGUUGAACUGAAGGGCAGAUUGGAACAGAAGACACUUUGAGAUGUGUAGUGCAGGAUCCUUUUGAAAGGAUGUCUGUGAUGUACAGCCUUACUUCUGGCAAGUCUGGUUGGCAUUGUGUUUAUGUGAUUAUGCACAGAUUUGCGAGAACGGUUCCUAAAAUAAAACUAAUCUCUCUAAAUACAGGCAGGGUAGCCAGAACUUCAGAUGUUGGCAUACUGCCUUCUACAGAGUAAUUUUGUUGAGAACAAAGUAAGCCCUCAGUAGUUUUGGCUCGGAGCUAGCAAUAUUGAUUCCCCUUCUGUCUCCCUCUGCUGCUACAUGAAUCACAGGAGGUGAUGUGCAGAAUACAAAACCUUGCCAGUGUUCCCUUUCUGUGGGAGGGGGCAAAGAGCAUACCAAAAAACGAGGCAGUGCCAGUUUCCUUGGCUUUGUGGAAAAAUAAUUUGUCAAAUAUGCCAUCCCUGCCCCUUCCCAUGCAGCAGUGGUUGCUCAGUGGGGGAUGGAUGCAAAAGGACACCACAGUAAGGUCCCCUGAAGUGUGUGUUCCCUCCCUGACUCCACAGGAGGCUGGAGGCAAAGUACAGUAGUUGCCAAUUGCUUCAUGUUUGAGGCAAGAUGCUGUUUAUAUACCAUCUCUGCACCUGAAUUCUGGUGUAACCAUUAAAAAGAGGUGGGUAUGCCAUGAUAGGGAGGGAGUCUGUGGAGUAUUUGUUGUUUCAUGUUUCUCUUACUAAAGUUCAGCUGAUGGAAUGAAUGUAUUUAACCUACUGUUUGACAGGGGGCUGUUGGGGCAGCCCAGCGCUGUUAUGUGUAAGUGGUUAUUUCUGCUGCCCAUGGGACUGACUCUUGUAACUCCAAAAGGCAGGUGGCAAGCUACUCACUUGCUGUCCUCACCAUGUAGUUUGAUCAGAACCACAGAGAUGCCCAGAGUGCAGCUCAUUUUAUUUUGAGCUAGGACAGACUGGACUGAUCCAAAAAGGGAAGUUUAUAUAAGCAGAAUGCACAGCAGUUACUCGCAUCAGGAGAUUGUUCCUAAUAGACCCUGUGAACUCCAUGUAAGAGCAUCUUAUUUGUCAAAUGCAGUAUUUUUAUUUUCCCAGUGGGUUGCAGUCAAUAGCAAGUGUUCAUGUGCUGCCUCAAGAAAUUAGCACUGCGCAGUAAUGUUUCAGACAAACGUUUGAUUGAUCUGGUCCUGUUCAUUUUCACUUUGUUCCUCUGUAGUUCUUACUCUUACAAGAUGUUUGUUUCCAAGCACUGGUUGUUGUUUUAGUAGGGUGUGGAAAUAGUGUCAUGUCCCAGGCUUUUCUCCUGCCUGCACUGGGAAAUGUGAAGAGCACCUGACACCGCAGCUCCGUACGGCCAAGUUGCUGUGGGUGACACCGCAAUGAAACUGUUGGAAAGCAACACCAAAGGACCCUCCCAGCAUGAUCCUGGAUGCUGCUUCAUGAAAGAAGAUAAAUCAGAUAAAAGAAGUUUUGCUAUGAAGGGAAAAAUGUAAAAUGGAUACAAUAUGUAGGAUAUUCAGUGCUAAAAAUACCGUGCUGGUCCAGACUGUCUGGAGCUUAGCAGGCACGUCUGUAAAACAUGAAUUCCUGUCGGCUGCAGUUCGGUUCUACCUUCUGGCAGUUGGCUGCAGUUCUGGAUGUAAUGGGCAUUUUGCUGCACCAUCCAUGGGUUGCCUCCUCUGGAGAGUUCAAAAUGUGUUUUGAUAGAAACAUGAAUGAACCAUACAAUUGAUCACAAAUUAAUAUCACAUUGAAUUUAAUAUUAGGGGAAAAAAUAAUGGAAAAAUGUGGAAAAUUACCAAAAAUGAAACAUUCACAGAAAAAAUCUAACUGAAAGCUGUUGCACACAGAAGUGAGAACAGAGCAAUUUGAGUGCACUGCAAAUAAUAAGAAUAAAAAUGGUUCUCUGCCAGGGUUGCCCACAAAACAUCUCCAUGUUUCUUUGUUUAAUUGUUCAUAAAGAAGUUGUUACAGUUGAAGUUGUGUCAGUCCUCACAGUUUAGCUUUGCUGCUUUGUGAAUCCCAUGAUGUGAAGAGCACCUGUCCAUCCAUACCAAGCAGUUUCUUCAGUGCCCUGGAGUGAGUGCACCAUCAUUUCAGUGUCACUUGGGUUCCACGUGUGAUUCUGUUGAAUUUUGCAACAGUGGUGUCUUUUCUUCUUUUUUUUUUCCUCCCUUUUUUUUUAAAGUUGUUGUCACUAGAUGUUGAAAAGUGAAAUUUCACUUUAUCUUGAUUUCCUGGAAAAUUUAAAAGCUUCCCUCUCCCUCCUCCCCCAGCAUCACAAAUAAGGUGCAUCUUCUUGCAGUAAAAAUAAAGUGAUCACUGUGGUACUGUUCCUUGUUCACUUGGUUUGCAGAUGAUACAACUUUUCUUUGUGUGACACUGCCAUAAAGUGCUGUUAACUUUUCUCACCUGUUUGUACAAGAUAAUAACAGAUACCGAUCACUGUGUGUGACAGGAUUCAACUGCUCCGCUUUGCCUUGACAUAAAUUUUGGGACCAAAGGUACCUAAAACUGGGAUUUCCAAAUCACAAGCCCAGGGUUGGAUGCAUUCUCUUGACAGUCAGCUGAAGAUUUUGUGAUGAUCUGAUACAAUCACACAAAAUAAUUAUACAUCUGGGGUUCUGUAUUUUUUGGAAAUAAUGGAGCCAUAUGAAAUAAAGGGUUAUUUUGCAAAAUUGCAUAUUUUAUAGUUUUUACACUUCUUUUAAAAAAUACAAAGCAACAAUGGGAAGAGCAAAAUGGAAACCAUACUCUGGUUUAAAAUGCCUGCAUACAUUGGAAAUGCUUCUGAGCAGCUCUACUUUUUCUGUAAGAGCUGUAGACUGCCUGGCUGUGACAGAAGUCGUCAUUGGAAGGAUUUUAUGCAUACUAAAGUUAGAAUUUUUAUUUUAUCAUGAGAUAAUGAAGCAAUUAUUCACUGAAAAACUGUCCUAUUAAAAUGAGUUAGUUACUUAAAAUUAUUCCACCAUGAUGUUCAUAUUGUAUGAUGAACAGUUUUUUUUUUUUAUAUAGCAGUUAUCUUCACCUCCAGUUUUCCCUUUCCCUUCUCUAUUACCUGCAUUUUUGUUUUGUGUGCUAAAAUGGAUGUGAAAGCCUCGAGUGACUGUCAGUAGUUUUGUGAAGGGCUGGUGAUAUUUGGAAUUAUUUUGCUGAAUUAAUUUAAUUAAUUUUUUUUUAAUAAAAUCUUUCCAGCAGCCAAAGUGUCUUUAAGAAAUGUAGACAGAUACCAGAAGCAGCAUUUCUCUUUCUUUUCCCUGGGCUGGUUUGGUUUUGGUGGGUGGUUUUUUUUGUUUGCUUGGUUUGGUUUGGGUUUUUUUUUUUUUUUUUUUUUUGCUGUGGCAAAAAUAGAGUUGGUAUUUUUUUUUCAAGAUUAUUUCAUAUGUUUAUCAUCCUUAAUAGAUGAGAAGAUUUUCUUUGAUGGUUGUAUUUAUUGUGCUUAUAACUAAUGGAUACACAACCUUUACUGUGUUUACCAUAAACACAAAAAAUAGUAAAAUAAUGCUUUGGUUCACUGUACAACUGCAGUGUAAAUUUCUGAUAGAGAACAUUGUUUAUUAGGAAGGACACAGAGACAAAUGUUUCCGUGCCAGAAGUGGCAAGAGGAGUGGAGCAGUAGGAGUGAGGGGACAGCAGCUUCUGCAGCCCUCCCUCGCUGCAGCACCUGCUAGAAGCUGUGCCAAUGCCCAGGCUGUGGAGUUCUCUGCAAGUCACUGUAGCAAUGAGUUUUCUUUAAGUGUCUGAGGGCUGAGGGUGUGCCGAGAGCAGAACCUGAGCCCCCUUGACCCUGGUUUGCCUCCUAGAAGGAUGUGACUCAGCCUUGGGAGAAAGGCUGUUGUCAUUGUGAGAUCCACAAAGUUUCAAAGAGGGAUCUGUUUCUAAGCAACUCCAGCUGGGCAGUCCAGGUGGGACAGCCCCACCUGUUCUGCAGCCCUGGCACCUCUUGGCUCCUGUCACCUCUUGAGUUCACUGCUGGGGCCCAGUUCUGCAAUGUCUAACGAAGGGAAAAGGAACUCCUUGAAGCAUCGUGAGACACCUCGCACAAUUUCCAAAACAGCGCCAUAGGUGUAGUGAUGUCUACCUCUUUGUUUCCCAUCUGGGUUUUGUCUUGUUUUUCUGUGUGGUGUUUUUCUGUGAGGGGUGGGGGAAAUCAGGCAGCGGGAGGGAAAACUUGAAAUCUGAAUAUUAAGACACUGGUGGGGUAUCCAGUGCUAACCAGCCGUGUUGUCAUACUGAAAAAGCCAUUGUUUUUAAUUCCUGCCUAGUAUGAAAUGUUUGUUUCUAAAAAAUCCUUCCUGCUGGAAAGAAAAAUGUAUUUUUAAAAAGAAAAAACAUCCCUCUUGGCUAUAAGAAUGUCAACUGUAUGAGUUGUGACCAUAUCAUGACAUGCUGAUCAGAUAAAUAAAUUUUUAUCUCUCAGGACUCUAUUGCAAUUUUUGCUGUUCUCAUAACUGCCAGCUUUUUUGAAAGGAUGCUGUUCAUUUUUAAAGACCAGUAAUUUCAACUGAAACAGCAAAUAAAAAAGGUGUGUGAAUGUCA